CGGAGCCGGCCUUCGGGAGGCGCGGCCUGGGAGGAGGCUUGGCCCUGUGGGCCGGGAGUAGCUGGGGAACCGCGGGCGGCUCGCGGGAGGGAGCAGAAGUCCCGGGACGGGCGCGGGCGGCGGCGCGAGCAGGGCGGGCGAACGCUGUGCUCCCUCCACAUGGCCGGGAGCGGGUCACGGCGACGGCGGAGGCGCUGACAGGCCCCGGGCGGGGCGGGCAGGCAGGCCCGGGCGGGGGCCUGGGACCGAGGGGAAGAUGAGCACCCUCCUAGAGCAGAAGGCGCAGCAGGAGAGGCUGCGGGAGGCCGCGGCAUUGGGGGACAUUCGGGAGGUGCAGAAACUGGUGGAGAGCGGGGUGGAUGUGAACUCCCAAAAUGAGGUCAACGGCUGGACUUGUUUACAUUGGGCAUGUAAACGCAACCAUGGUCAGGUGGUCUCUUACCUGUUGAAAUCAGGAGCUGACAAAGAUAUUCUUACCACCAAAGGAGAAAUGCCCGUCCAGUUAACAUCAAGAAGAGAAAUCAAGAAGAUUAUGGGAGUGGAAGAAGAUGAUGAUGAUGAUGAUACCCUCCCCCAGCUGAAGAAGGAGUCAGAACUGCCCUUUAUUCCCAACUAUUUGGCCAACCCAGCCUUCCCUUUUAUCUACACCCCCACAGCAGAGGAUUCAACCCAGCUGCAGAAUGGGGGCCCCUCCACACCUCCCGCAUCACCACCUACAGAUGGCUCUCCUUCGUUGCUCCCCACUGGGGAGCCUCCCCUACUAGGGACCUUUCCCCGGGACCACACCUCUUUGGCACUGGUUCAGAAUGGUGAUGUAUCUGCCCCCUCUGCCAUACUCAGAACACCAGAAAGCACAAAACCGGGCCCUGUUUGUCAGCCACCAGUGAGUCAGAGUCGUUCCCUGUUCUCUUCUGUCCCGUCCAAGCCACCAGUGUCUCUGGAGCCUCAAAAUGGGACGUAUACAGGACCGGCGCCAGCAUUCCAGCCAUUUUUCUUCACAGGAGCAUUCCCAUUUAAUAUGCAAGAGCUGGUACUCAAGGUGAGAAUUCAGAACCCAUCUCUUCGUGAAAAUGAUUUCAUUGAAAUUGAACUGGACCGACAGGAGCUCACCUACCAAGAAUUGCUCAGAGUGAGUUGUUGUGAGCUGGGUGUUAAUCCAGAUCAAGUGGAGAAGAUCAGAAAGUUACCCAAUACUUUGUUAAGAAAGGACAAGGAUGUUGCUCGACUCCAAGAUUUCCAAGAGCUGGAGUUGGUUCUGAUGAUAAGUGAAAAUAAUUUUCUGUUUAGAAAUGCUGCAUCCACAUUGACUGAAAGGCCUUGCUAUAACAGGAGAGCUUCAAAACUGACUUACUAAUGCAGCAGGGACUUUUUAUGACAGUUUAUGUCACCUCUGGGCCAAGGACAAGCCAUUGAUCUAAAUGCCUUGGAUGCCCAUGAGGGCCCCUGGUGCCACUGUGUAGUGUACACUAACAUUGUUCUGCCAAGGUAGGAAGCCCCUGACCCCCGAGCAGCGGUGCCACUCUUCCAAGCCUCUUGGUGCACAAUAAACCUAUUGCGUGAAGCUUUGAACAGCUGAGAAGUGGUCUGGAGAGGCAGAAGCCGAAGGUUCUAUAUCCAGUGUGUUUUAUGUGCAGAAUGUAAGAGAGUUGUCUAAGCAGAAUCUGAGAGAGAGCGGAGCCUAUUUCUAGCCACUCCUGUUGACAGUGCACCUGAAGGGCCAGGAUGUGCUUUUUCUGUUGCAUGCUCAUGACUCUCCUGAAGUCCAGAAGUGACUAGAGAGGAAGACUGGGGAACGUACAGGUACUGGACAAAUGAAUUUUAGUGUGGCUUGUGACUGUGACGUUUCAUAUAACGUAUUUAUAAAUGUUACUCAGGUUAAAAGUAUUUAAGAAUACAGUUACCUAAUUGUAAAUAUGCUGUUAACCAAAAGAGCUUCCCCUCCCCCACUUUUCCUUUGUAGGCACUUCAGACUAAACAGUCAACUCUGCAUUAAUUCCCCUCAUGGUCACUAGAGGGCUCUCUGAUGCCUUCUAAAAGAGCAACCCCUUUUUUUACUCUGAAGCAAUUCCUGUCAUAUAUGUGUUUUAUUGCAUCGUAUGAGAAGAGCACAAACAUUGCUGUUCCACGUUCUCCACUUUCAUUUUUCCACUAGAAAUGAAAAGCAAUUUUUAAGGCUGAAUCUGUUGCUAUUUUAAAGGUUAUUGUGGGAAUCUGAGCUAAAGAAGUUAGCAUCUUUAUUUUUGUAUCAAAGAUAAAGGUUAUUUUGAAAUUAUUAGGAUUUUUACACAACUCUGAAAUCUGUUGCUUUUGUAAACAAAUUGUUUGAUCUUAAGGGAUCCCCCCCCCACUACCACCACCAAUUCACUUACAAAAUCAGUUGUGAGUCUACCAACAAAAACAAAGAACAAAACAUUUGACUGCACUCUUAAGCAUGGCCUAAGAAUUUUUUGAAGACUGCAUUUAGGGAUUCUUUUCUUUUCCUUCAUUGUCAUUAAUGUUAAAAUAAAAGCCACUGUCUUCUUGGAACAAACACCUUAACUUUAGAAAUAAGAACCAGCACAUUUAGACAAACAGGAGAGCAAGGGUUUGAAGCCAGCUGUUGAAGAGCAUUCCUGCUGUCUUAAGAAGCUUUUUCCCCAUAGUGCCUAUAGUUUCCAAAGAAACUUAACUUCCUAACUGUGUUAACUUAAUUUUGUUAGAACACUACAAUUGAGUGAGAAUGUGCAGAUGUCAAUGGAAGAGAAUGUUGUGCUAAGAUAAUGGCCUCCUGCUACUGCUUAAAGGCUGAAAUGAGGUUGAGAUGAUUUUCAAGGCUAACUUCUUGGAGUCACUCUGUUUAGUGACUUAACUUGUAUUUCACCAAUUAUUGCUGGUGACUUGCUUACCCUUGUACAGUGUUUGCACAAUAGAGUGAAGGUUAUUACCCUUUCUCUCAAGUGCUUUAAAGAAGAAACCUCCUUUGUGUUUCAACCAAUCAGAAGCUAGUUUAACUAGAUGUCGUAAACUUUUUUUCCUUUGCUUUGAAAAAAGUUACAAUUAAGUCUGAUUCUAUCCUGGAGGAAGUAAACUCAAUAUGAAUUCAUGUCCAAAUUACCAGAGUUAACUCUUCAAGUCACCCAGAUAAGAGAUUGCUCAGGCCCCUGGCUGAGAGGGGGCCUACAGAGGAAGAGCUCCAGGACAUUUCCCGGGCUUAGAAACAGAGGUGAGCAAGGGUCUUGGUGUCUCCUGUGAGAGAUGGAUCUGAUGAGCCUCUGCCCUAUGCUGGUCUCUCUUCUUCUUUAUAAAAUUCUCUGUGAUCAACAGACUCCUGCAUAUGGCAGAGGGAUAAGACUGCACAGUUGCUGGUAGGUGAGUUAAAAGUCUUAAUCUAUGCAUUCAGAGAAAUAUUUUUAUAUGCUUUGUGUAAUUUAUAACAAGGAUUUUUUUUUUUAGCUUUGUUAACUGUGAAUUCACCCCUCCUCCUCCACUGCAUAUUUAAAGCAUGUGUUCACACUGUGUGUAAACAUUCACUAAAGAAUUUUUCUUUGUGCAUUGCUGACUGUUCAAACAUUAAUAAGUAUUAUUAAAAUUAAAUGUUAAC